AUGGAUAAGCUGCCAGUAGAGAUUCUGUCUAAGAUCAUCGACCAACUCGCCCCACGAGAAAAGGUCCAACUGCAAUCCGUUUCAAAAAAGUUCCUUGCUAUCGCUCGUGAUAAUAACAAAUGGAGAUUGCACUGCCAUGAGCAGUCAUGGGCUGCUCGACAGGCUGCCCGAUCCGCUGCCAGACCAUCGGAGAGUGUGAUUGCCAACGCGACUGUUUCGUUGACGACCCUAGGGCAGGAAUCGCUACUCGAUAUAAUUCGGCCUUCUGCCCCACCGGCGAACAGAGGCGCUGAUGAUACCGGAGAACUGUCUUGGGGUGAGAGGGCGAGAGCGGCAGCAGAAUGGGACUCAUCGGCUGAGGGCGAGCAUGUUGACUGGUAUUCAGAAUACAUUGCUCGCCACGGGCCCAUAUCGUUAUCAUGGGUUGAGCAGCCCUCGGUCCGCAAGGGCGAAGGAAAACGAGGGGAGUCCUAUGAGGUCAAAGGGAUGGGGCUGCUCAAAGACUGGAGUUCAGCCAGGAAGAACAAGAUUAUUGCCCCGCUUGAAGAUGGCAGCGUCUGCGUGUGGGAUCUGAAUCAUUCGCACUCGGCUGCCUCUCAAGCAAGUAAAGGCAAUAUCCUUGGGGUCAGUAAAGCCGGUAUUCUCAUUACCAACCUGUCUGGUCGUCGGGAUCCUUCCCCUUCCAAGACUUCGUUGGAAUUUAUAAACCUAGGCGAGGGAGUGAGCGUGGAUUCUCUGCGACAAAGAGCCUACCUAGCAGUUGGGAACGUCCUUAAUGAAGUGGAUUUGGAGACAUUAAAAGUGAUUUCGCAACAGCGCUAUCCCUGGUCAAUUUUCGCCCUUUCCCAGGAGACAGAUUACUCAGUGCCGUUUACACUAGCCACGACACUUAGUCUGCAGAUCUAUGACUCCAGAUUGUCGGCCGUCGAGGAAGAAGAGGCAAUCAGCUCGCGAUGCGAGCGGGUCGCCAGCCCAAACGUCCCCGCACUGGGUAUCUUUGCCCACUCCGACUCACCCUUGUUUCAACUCCAAUCCAAUGGGCAGCCACCUACUCGCCUACGCAGUCCAGGACCCUCAGAUAAAGAAGCGAACUACGCACCGCUUUUCCAACCUGGCCCUCUUUCCAUCCUGCACCCGCCAGCUCCUCAUGUGAACACAAUUCUUCUUGCGGGACGCUUCCCCAGCAUCCUAUGUUAUGAUCGCCGCUACUUCCCUCGGCUACAGACCACAGUCCACUCAGGUGGCCGCCUAUGUGGUCUUGCCUCUAUACCAGCGCCCCGAUUCCCAGUCUUCUCAGGCUCCACCUACCCCAAGUCACAUUCCGUUGUGGCAUGUGGAGACUACAACGGACGAGGGUCGCUAGAGCUUUAUAAUCUCAAACCAGCACCAGACGAAGAUCACAGCCCCUCGAAAACGACAUCCACCCUCAACCCAGAAUACAAAAACCGCCAAAGCGCCGCAAGUUCCAAACUACUUUCCGUGGGGUCGCACGGAAAUCGCAUCGUGUUUUCCGACGCCGAGGGGAACAUCAAGUGGACCGAGCGCAACGGCCGUUCAGAAGUCCGACGGUGGAAUAUAAAUGCUUCCCAACCUCACAUCCCAUUCAGUCGUCGCGGCAAACAAGCAACCUCGCAGACAGAAGAAGACCAGCAGCCGCGCGGGCUCUGGCCUUCUCAAUCGCCGGGCAAUAACGAGGUAGCUCGCAAGAUUCUUCCUACUGGUGGGAAUCUAACUGGAGAUGAGCUACUUAUCUGGACUGGAGAGCGCAUCGGCCGUCUCAGAUUUUCCAUUCCUGCGGAUUUUGAGAUGGGGGUCGAUGGCAAAGAAGCUGAUGAAGACGAUGACGUAUUUAUGCAUGCGGAGGUCGAUGAAGCUACACGGGAAGAGAUGCGACAUAGGUGGCGUGAUGAUUGGGAGAGGGAGCAGAGAUAUGGGGAUUAUAUGCGACGUGCGCUUGAGAGGCAGGCGGAUGAGGUCCGAUGGAUGGGGAAUCGAGGGCUUGGUUGA